AUGGCCCUUCCGGACCUUCAACUUUUCAAAGUUGGCAUCGAAAUGACAUUUGCCACCAAUCACGUCGGCCACUUCCCCCUCACGUACCACAUCCUGCCAAAGAUUAUAAAGGCAGUAGAGAUAUCUCCCAUACCUACUAAAGAUAUCAAUAUCAGCUCCUCCGGACACCAAGUCUCGCCGGUUCAGUUCUAA